ACCAGAAAUCAAGAUGGAGCCCAGUUCUGGGAGACCAGUAGAUUACCAGGUCAGUGUGACGGUUAUUGAAGCCAGACAGCUGGUGGGACUCAACAUGGAUCCAAUGGUCUGUGUAGAGAUUGGAGAAGAUAAGAAGUACACCUCCAUGAAGGAAUCAACCAACUGUCCCUAUUACAACGAAUACUUUGUGUUCGACUUCCACGUUCCCCCGGAUGUUAUGUUUGAUAAAAUCUUGAAAGUGUCCGUAAUUCACUCUAAAAAUCUGCUUCGGAGUGGAACUCUGGUGGGAACUUUUAAACUGGACGUAGGAACCAUCUAUUCUCAGCCGGAACAUCAGUUUUACCAUAAAUGGGCUCUCUUGUCCGACCCUGAUGACAUCACAGCCGGGGGCAAAGGUUACGUAAAAUGUGACAUUGCAGUUGUGGCUAAAGGAGACACCAUAAAAACUCCACACAAGGCUAAUGAAUCAGAUGAGGAUGACAUUGAAGGCAACCUGUUGCUCCCAGAAGGGGUCCCUGCAGAGCGACAGUGGGCUCGGUACUACCUGAAGAUCUACAAAGCAGAGGGACUUCCCAGGAUGAACACCAGCAUCAUGGCCAACGUCAAGAAAGCCUUUAUUGGAGAGAACAAGGAUUUGGUUGAUCCUUACGUCCAAGUUCAGUUUGCUGGGCAGAAGGGGAAAACAUCGGUUCAGAAGAGCUGCUACGAGCCCAUCUGGAAUGAGCAGAUUGCCUUCACAGAGAUGUUUCCACCGUUGUGCAGACGCAUGAAGAUCCAGCUCCGGGACUCAGACAAAGUCAAUGACGUCGCCAUAGGAACACACUUCCUGGACCUGAGGAAUAUCUCUAAUGAUGGAGAUAAAGGUUUCCUCCCCACGCUGGGCCCGGCAUGGGUGAACAUGUACGGCUCAACUCGGACCUUCUCCCUUUUGGAUGAGUACCAGGAGCUAAAUGAUGGGCUUGGAGAGGGGGUGUCUUUCAGGGCUCGUCUGCUCAUCAGCCUGGGGGUGGAAAUUUUGGACACAUCCUCACCUGAAAUUAGCUGUUCCACCGAGGUCCAGGUGGAGGGGGUGCCCAACAUCUCAGAGAGUGCUACAGGAAAAGUGGAAGAAUUUUUCCUCUUUGGUUCGUUCCUAGAGGCCACAAUGAUCGACAGAAAAAUCGGUGAUAAGCCAAUCAACUUUGAGGUCACCAUAGGUUACUAUGGAAAUGAGAUCGAUGGAGCUCUCCAACCAAAACCAAAGGGGGAAAAGGGCAAAGGGGAUGAAGAGGAAACCGAGCUGAUCCACAACUCCAGUGAGGAAGAGAUGGAGGACGAUGGAGACUUGACUUCAGUGGCAACCACACCACCCAUGAAGCCUGUCAUCACUGACCGGAACUACUUUCAUCUGCCCUACUUUGAAAGGAAGCCAUGUAUCUACAUCAAGAGCUUAUGGCAGGACCAGAAAAGGAGGCUGUACAAUUCCAACAUCAUUGACAACAUUGCUGAUAAACUGGAGGAUGGACUGAAUGAUGUCAAUGAGAUCAUCAAAACUGAGAAGGCCUAUCCUGAGCGCAGGCUUCGAGGAGUUCUGGAAGAGCUCAGCCAGGGUUGCAGCCAGUUUCUGGCACUAGCAAACAAAGACCAGAACCAGUCUGGAAGAACCAAACUCGACAAGGAGAGACUGAAGCUGUGUUUGUCAGAAGUGGAAGCCAUAGGUCUGCAGGCGAAGGCCAUGAGGUCCCAGGUAAAGAAAAGCACAGUCAGAGACAAACUCAAGCUUUCCCAGAACUUCCUGUCAAAGCUGCGCUUCCUGGCUGAUGAGCCGCAGCACAGCGUUCCCGAUGUCUUCAUAUGGAUGAUAAGUAACGGGAAGCGCAUUGCUUAUGCUCGGAUUCCAUCCAAAGACAUUCUUUACUCCAGCAUAGAUGAGGAAAAAGGGAAGGACUGUGGAAAAGUCAAAACCAUUUUUCUCAGAAUCCCUGGAAAAAAAGGUUUUGGACCUGCUGGGUGGACUGUCCAGAGCAAGAUUGAGAUCUACCUGUGGCUGGGUCUCACCAGGCAGCGCAAAGACUACCUGAACGGCCUGCCAAAUGGAUUUGAGGAGAACAAGCUGUCUAAAGGGCCUGGCCUGCCAUCCACGCCUCCCAUCAGCCUGACCUACAUGAUGAAGCAGAUCUUCCAGCUGAGGGUCCACAUGUACCAGGCUCGCAGCCUGUUUGCUGCUGACAGCACCGGCUUGUCUGACCCCUUUGCCAGAGUCUUCUUCUCCACUCAGAGCCAGGUCACCGAGGUGCUGGCGGAAACUCUGUGCCCAACUUGGGACCAGCUGCUGGUUUUUGAGAAUGUGGAGCUGUUUGGAGAGGCUGUUGAGCUGAGAGAUGACCCCCCCAUUAUCGUCAUAGAAAUCUAUGAUCAAGACACAGUGGGCAAGGCCGACUUCAUGGGGAGAACCUUUGCCAAGCCUGUGGUCAAGAUGGCCGAUGAGCACUAUGGUCCGCCGCGCUUCCCCCCCCAGCUGGAGUACUACCAGAUCUAUCGGGGGAACUGUGCAGCUGGAGAAAUGCUUGCAGCCUUUGAGCUGCUGCAGAUCGGCCCCAACGGAAAAGCUGAUCUACCCCCCAUAGAUGGUCCAACAGACAUGGACCGUGGCCCAAUUCUGCCGGUGCCGCUUGGGAUCAGACCAGUGCUCAGCAAGUACAGGAUUGAGGUUCUGUUUUGGGGUCUGAGAGACUUGAAGAGGGUGAACCUCGCCCAGGUGGACCGGCCUCGUGUCGACAUUGAAUGUGCAGGAAAGGGAGUUCAGUCCGCUCUCAUCCCCAACUUCAAGAAGAACCCCAACUUCAGCACUCUGGUCAAGUGGUUUGAAGUGGAUUUGCCUGAGAACGAGUUACUUCACCCGCCUCUGAACAUUCGCGUGGUGGACUGCAGAGCUUUUGGACGAUACACUUUGGUAGGUUCCAACGCUGUCAGCAGCCUCCGGAAGUUCAUCUACAGGGGGCAGGACAACCCGGCAAACAGCUGGUCAACCACAGAGGAAAUCAUUGUUGUCAGCAUGGAGCAAGAACCCACCUGUAAGAAGAUGGAGACGGUCGUCAAACUGGACUCGUGCUCUGAAGCUGUGGUCAAAGUGGAGGAUGAUGACAAGGAUGAAAAGGGCAAAAAGAAGAAGAGGAAGAAGGUGGAUGAGCCUGAGGAGGAGGAAUUGGAUGAGAGCAUGCUGGACUGGUGGUCCAAGUACUUUGCUUCCAUUGAAACACUGACAGAGACACUCAAGUCUCAGGAAGCAGCUCUGUCCGACUCGGAAGAUAAAGAAGACAUGGACAUGGCAGAUGGAGGAGACAUUAAACCUGACAACAGUCUGGCGAAAGGCAACAGGAAAGGAAAAGCAAAGAAGGAAAAGAAGAAAGCCGGCUUUGAUGCCUUUGGGAGAAAAAAGCCAAAGCUGGAUGAGUUGAAGGUCUACCCCAAGGAGCUGGAAAGUGAAUUUGACAACUUUGAAGACUGGCUGCACACUUUCUACCUGUUCAGAGGAAAAGCUGGAGAUGAUGACGACCAGACCGUGGCAGAUGAAGACCGGAUUGUCGGGAAGUUUAAAGGCUCCAUGUGCAUGUACAAAGUGUCAGAUGACGCACCCAGAGACAUGAGUUUUGAUUCCAAUAUGGGAAUGUUUCAAAACAUCCCCAACAACGAUCCAGUCAACGUCCUGGUCCGCAUCUAUGUAGUCAGGGCAACCGAUCUGCAUCCAGCAGACAUCAACGGGAAAGCUGACCCCUACAUCGCAAUCAAACUAGGAAAAACAGAGAUCAAGGAUAAGGAAAACUAUAUUUCCAAACAGCUAAACCCUUUGUUUGGAAAGUCUUUUGAUGUGGAGGCCACCUUCCCAAUGGACUCCACACUGACAGUGUCAAUUUACGACUGGGACCUGGUGGGAACUGAUGAUCUGAUUGGAGAAACCAAGAUCGACUUGGAGAACCGCUUCUACAGCAAACAUAGAGCCACGUGUGGCGUCGCCAACAAGUACUCCAUUCAUGGGUACAAUGUGUGGCGAGACCCGAUGAAACCAACACACAUCCUGGCUAAACUGUGCAAGGAUGGGAAACUGGAUGGGCCACACUAUGGCCCUGGAGGAAGAGUCAAAGUGGAGAACCGAGUCUUCAUGGCACCCACUGAGAUUGAGGAUGAAAAUGGUCUGAAGAAGAAGACGGAUGAACACCUCGCUCUGUGCGUUCUGACCCAUUGGGAGGAAAUCCCACGAGUUGGCUGCAAACUCGUCCCUGAACAUGUGGAGACCAGACCCCUGCUCCACCCUGACAAGCCAGGAAUAGAGCAAGGCAGAAUUGAGCUCUGGGUGGACAUGUUCCCCAAAGAAAUGACUGCGCCUGGUCCUGCACUUGACAUUUCACCAAGGAAACCCAAGAAGUUCGAGCUGAGGGUGAUCAUCUGGAACACAGACGAGGUUGUUCUCGAAGACGACGAUAUCUUCACAGGAGAAAAAUCCAGCGACAUAUUUGUCCGAGGCUGGCUGAAAGGACAGCAGGAGGACAAACAGGACACUGACGUACAUUAUCACUCCAUCACUGGAGAGGGCAACUUCAACUGGCGCUUUGUCUAUCCCUUCGAUUACCUGAUGGCUGAGGAGAAGAUUGUCAUCUCAAAGAAGGAAUCCAUGUUUGCCUGGGAUGAGACUGAGUACAAGAUUCCGCCUCGACUCAAUCUCCAAGUGUGGGAUGCCGAUCACUUCUCAGCGGAUGACUUUCUGGGUGCAAUCGAGCUCGACCUGAACCGCUUCCCUCGUGGAGCAAAGACUGCCAAGCAGUGCACCAUCGAGAUGGUGACCAACGAAGCUGAGAUGCCCAUGGUGUCCAUCUUCAAGCAAAAGAGGAUCAAAGGCUGGUGGCCUUUUGUGGCCCGAAACGAAGAGGAUGAGUUUGAGCUCACGGGCAAAGUGGAAGCUGAGCUUCACCUUCUGACAGGGGAGGAGGCGGAGAAAAGUCCAGCAGGGGAAGGACGCAACGAGCCAGAGCCAUUAGAGAAACCCAACCGUCCAGACGUGGCACUGCUCUGGUUUCUCAUCCCUCUCAAAGCAGCAAAGCACCUGGUGUGCGACCAGUACAGGUGGCUGACCAUCAAAAUUGUGACGGCUCUCCUGGUGCUCGCCAUCUUGGGUCUCUUCCUCUACAACAUGCCGGGCUACAUGGUGAAGAAGAUGCUGGGGGCUUGAAGACGAAGCUGGAACAGAGUGUUAUUUUUUAGGAGGUUGC